UUCUUCCAUCUAUGACAAGUCUCCACCAAGUCGAGCACGUUGUCAGUAUCGCUGCGUGCUUCAUGCCAACUAGAAUUAAGUCCGACUUUUGAGACGCAAUACGAAAUUCCUUCCUUCAUUCGUCGUCAGAAUGGGUGACAGCAAAGUGGUCGGAACCUGUUACGAAGACAAAGGGCCACAGCCCCCUUCUGGAAAAUUCACCCAUUUCGAUCACAUUACGCAUUGGGUUGGAAAUGCAAAACAGGCGUCCACCUUCUACUGCGUGCGGAUGGGGUUUCAGCCGUUGGCAUAUGCGGGUUUGGAAACCGGCUCGAGGAAAGUAGCGGCUCAUGUAGUUCGCCAAAAUAAAAUCAUUCUCGUCCUCAAAUCCGCCUACGAGCCGGACGAUAAGGAAAUGGGGGAUCAUUUGGUCCGACAUGGCGACGGGGCGAAAGACGUCGCCUUCACGGUCGAAGAUUUGGAUGAGAUUGUCAAGCGAGCCAAACAGCGUGGUGCAACAAUUGUGCGAGACAUUUGGGAAGAAUCUGAUGAAAAUGGGAAAGUUCGAUUCGCCACGAUCCAAACGUACGGCGACACGACACAUACUUUCAUCGAACGUGGAAAUUACCAAGGUCUCUUUCUCCCCGGGUAUGGCAAACCUCUCUUCGAAGACCCUUUGUCUGCAAAGCUGCCGACCUGUCACUUGGGUUUUAUUGACCAUAUUGUGGGAAACCAGCCGGAUCUGGAGAUGGAGGAUGUGGUCAAGUGGUACGAAUCGACACUCCUGUUCCAUCGAUUCUGGUCUGUUGAUGACAGCCAAAUCCACACCGAGUACUCCGCACUCCGCUCCAUUGUCGUGGCCAAUUGGGAGGAAACAAUCAAAAUGCCAAUUAAUGAGCCGGCUCCAGGCAAGAAAAAGUCUCAAAUUCAGGAGUACGUCGACUACUACGGCGGAGCUGGCGUGCAGCAUAUCGCCCUCAACUCGCAGGAUAUCAUCAAAGCCGUGAAAGCACUCCGUGAGCGUGGGACCGAGUUUUUAGAAGUUCCCCGAGUUUAUUACACAACUCUGCGAGAAAAUCUGAAAAAUUCCAAAGUCAAGGUUGCCGAGGACCUGGACAUUUUGGAGGCCCUUCACAUCCUCAUCGACUACGACGACAACGGCUAUCUCCUCCAAAUCUUCACCAAACCGGUGCAAGAUCGACCCACGCUGUUCUACGAGGUUAUUCAGCGACGCAACCACAACGGAUUUGGGGCUGGAAAUUUCAAAGCUUUGUUCGAAGCAUUCGAGACGGAGCAGGAUAAAAGAGGAAAUCUGUAAAUAAAUUCGACUCUGCCGGAUCAAACCAGUCGUCCGUACCACAAAACUAUUUACUUUUGACUUUAUCAAACCCAAUCCCGACCUGAAGUCUGCAACACCAAUCGACCCACUAAUUGUGGAUUUAUUUCGCUUCAUCAUUAUUAUUAUCGUCAUCUGCUCUUUCUGUCUGUCUGUCCAUCUGUGGCCAUGUGCACCUACGUACGUACGUCCGUACCCACCCACUGCUUUUCCAGUGGAGCAAAUUACUUACAUGGAAAAUUUCAAGUUCAUUAUCUCAUUCCUUUGUAAACACGAAGCCAAGUAAUAUUUGUAGUGGUUUGGUUAUGGCUCGGCUUGAUAAGUGAGCGAGUGAGUGGUGGGGCCAUAAAAAUAAAUAAAUUGCUUGCUCUAAAUUCGGCCGACCUCUGUUCUUCCUCAUUAAUUAAUUACGUGCACUUUUAAUGUGAAUGAUAUUAUAUGUACAUACAUACAUAAAGCAAAUAAAAAUAUUAAGAUGGGAAUUUUAA